AUGAGUGACGUUACGGAGAAUCAAUCAACAUCAGAACCAUUGCUUUCACCUUCUCAGCUGUCUGACCCAACAACUUCAACAUCUGCUCAAUCAUCAAUUCUGCCGAAUCCCAAUCCUCAGCAGCAGCAAGCAGCAACAGGAACGACAAAUUUACCCUUUCGACAUCUUGAAUCUCCGACUCCUGCCUCCGAUUUUGUUGCUCAAACUGCAACUUGUGUGCAACGCAACUUUAGAGCUGCACUUUUAGAGGUCUCGCCAAGUCCUGAUGCUUCCAAAAGAAGAGCUACUGCACGACGUCGUAAAGCGGAAAGAAGUGAAAUUAUAACGAGUUCUCCGUACGAAAAGAUGUUGGAAGAGAUAAAAAUAGAUUAUUAG